UUUCUGUGACUCCAUCUCGGGGCAGUGUGAGUCUGUGGGUAAAAUAACUCAAUCUUCUGAAGAAGACUACAGAUCGCCAUGGCGGAAACUGAUCAACCAUCAGGGUGCAGCUCUGACAGUAUAUCUCAGGAUGUGACCCCAAACUUCAACUUUAUGGUUCCUAAGAAUGAAAUCAACAUGGUUCCUGACAUGGGCAAGUGGAAACGCUCUCAAGCAUAUGCUGACUAUAUGGGCUUUGUUUUAACCUUGAAUGAAGGUGUGAAGGGAAAGAAACUCACAUGUGAAUAUACAAUAUCGCAGACAGUGGAGAAGCUCCUUGGACUGUUGGACACUUUGGACAGAUGGAUUGAUGAAACUCCUCCUAUCGAUCAACCGUCAAGAUUUGGUAAUCAGGCCUUCAGGACCUGGUAUGCCAAACUAGACAAGAAUGCAGAGGCGCUGCUUGCUGCUGUGCUCCCUGCGGACAAACAGGCUGCAGCCCCAGAAAUAGCUGUUUAUUUGAAAGAGUCUGUUGGGAACCAAACCAGGAUAGACUAUGGAACAGGCCAUGAAGCAGCUUUUGCAGCAUUUCUUUGCUGCCUUUGUAAAGUUGGAGCUCUUCAAGUAGACGAUCAACUUGCUAUAGUUUUUAAGAUUUUUGACAAGUAUUUGCAGGUUAUGAGAAAGCUGCAGAAAACAUACAGAAUGGAGCCAGCUGGGAGUCAAGGAGUUUGGGGCCUGGAUGAUUUUCAGUUUCUGCCUUUUAUAUGGGGGAGCUCCCAGUUUAUAGAUCAUCCAACUCUGGAGCCACGACACUUUAUUGACAAGAAGGUCGUCAAUGAUAAUCACCAGGACUACAUGUUUCUAGAGUGCAUCAAAUUCAUAAAUGAGAUGAAGACGGGUCCAUUUGCGGAGCACUCCAAUCAACUGUGGAACAUCAGUGCUGUUCCCUCCUGGUCCAAAGUCAACCAGGGCCUGAUCAAAAUGUACAAAGCCGAGUGUCUGGAGAAGUUCCCUGUGAUUCAGCAUUUCAAAUUUGGUAGCCUGCUCUCCAUCCAGCCUGUGAAGCCUUGACUCAGUCGUGAGAAUGCCAUGAUUAUAUAUGACCAAAAUGACUUCAAGUUUAAAAAAUAUUUGGGAUUUUUUUUCGUACAUGUAAAAGAGCAGCAAUACCAAGCUAAUUUAAUAGAACAUGUGCUAACACUGGUUCAGAUGUGCAUGUAGCCACCCACAGUAAAAUAGAUCUCCUUUUUUAUUUCAGAGCAUUUUCAUAAUAUUAUUUAUUCAUACAUAUGACUGUUUUGUGUGGGUAAACUGUCAGAUAAUUUAAAUUGGUUGUCAAAUCUAAAGUAAAAGAUUAGCAGGUCAAUAUGUAUGUUUUGAUUUGUAUUUGAUUUGUUUUGUAUUUCACAAUGUGAAGUGCUAUGGGAUAAAUGCAGAGAUUAAACUUUUAUGUGCGUAACACAUCAUGUACAUAAAUGCUAUUAAUGGGGCUCUUAAAUAAACUCAUGUUUUAAUCAAAGUUUCAUAAAUAGCUAAAUAAAAACAAUCCUACAUGUACAACAGAAACAGGGUUAAAUGUAUCCCCAUUAAUUUUUUUCUGCUAGAGCCUGUCUUUUUUGCUUGGGAAAAGUAGUAUUUAUGGACCUGCCUAAUAUUAUUUAGUAAAUGUAUUAUGGUAAUAAAAAAGUCUAUUCUUUUGCAGUU